ACCCCUCCGGGAUUGUACGGACUAGAUGGAAUGCGAAAAACAGGUUACGUAAGCAAAAAAUAAGGGUUAUACAAGCAGAAUUUGGCCGACUCAGCAAUUCUACUUUUUAAAAGUUCUUCCAGACUGUUCUGAGGGACUCAGAAACUCCGGACGUCCAGGAUUCUAGUCUACCGUAAGGAUCGAGACUCGGCAAGCCAUGGCGGUUCAGCAAGUGUUCUGCACCAUUAUUUUUGUGGUGACGAUCCUGAGUAAUGCGUCUGCUCAAGACUCAACGCCUUCUCCAAGGAGACAGCCGAAGUGGUGUCCCGUGGAGGUUCAGGAGGUAAAACCGUACAGAGUGCGGUCAGGUUCCCGGACAGAGUGUCGCAGGGCCUGCACGUGGAACAGGUUCUGCUGCGAGUUCAACAUCAUCCCUGUCUAUACCACUGCAUAUCGCCAGGUGUCGCGACAGGAGUGGAAAUGCUGUGACGACACAGUGCCCUGCCCAGAUAAAACCGUGUCAGUGGACACACCGUACAAGGGGAUCCAGCUCUUCGCGGACGAGUACCCAGUGCCGCCGCUGCCGUACGAGUACGAUGCGUUAGAGCCGUACAUCGACGAGAGGACUGCGCGAGUCCACCACCUCGGUCACCACGCGGGCUACACCAAGAAGAUGAACGCUGCACUGAAGGCGUGGAGAGACGAGGUGGGACCAGGGGUGGGUCUCCAGUCCAACUCCAUCCUGCAUAUCCUGGAGAACCUGGACCAGGUCCCAGACAAGCACAGAACUGCCAUCAGGAACAAUGGGGGAGGUUUUGUGAACCAUGCCAUCUACUGGGCGACCAUGUCCCCCCGGAGAGAGGGUGAGCCCCCCAGACUUCCUGAAGCCACCCUGGCCACCGAGAUCAUCGCUAACUUCCAGAAUUUCAGCAACUUCCAGGAACAGUUCACAAACACUGCCAAAACUCUGUUUGGUUCAGGUUAUGUGUGGCUGUCGCGCAAUCCCAGAGAGCAGACCCUAAUCAUCCACACAACGGCCAAUCAGGACUCUCCCAUCAGCGACAAACUCCGCCCGAUCCUGGUGAUUGACAUCUGGGAGCACGCCUACUACCUGAAGCACCAGAACAAACGUCCGGACCACAUCCAGGACUGGUGGGCACUGGUGGACUGGGGACAGGUCAAGGCGCUCUCUGAUUGGUGGGCAGCAUAUGAUGCUGGUCAUGAUGAGCUGUGAAGCGUCUUGCCACACUUGGAGUACCAGCUUGUGGUGCUAGGGGUCUCUUCUGUGUUGACUUGUAUCCUAGCUGAGAAAGUUACAAUUUUACAUCAGCUCAGCAAGUUGUAAGGGUCCUUGUAAAGGGUUUCUUAUGACAAAAGUAUUUUGAAGUACCAGCUCGUGAUGCUAGGGGUCUCUUCUGUGUUGACUUGUAUCCUAGCUGAGAAAGUUACAAUUUUACAUCAGCUCAGCAAGUUGUAAUGGGUCUUGUAAAGCAUUUGUUAUGACCAAAUUAUUUCUUUGUUUAGACACUGCAUGUAUCAAAUUGCUGCACAUGACAUGUGAGAUGGCAAGUGAGAUGGGUUUUAAUUUCAUGGUAGCAGGAAAAAGGGCUUUUCGUGGUGGUUUUAAGUUCGCGAGUGCACCAUGUACUGUAGUCUCUUAAUGCCAUGGAAAAAUGUUCGCGGUGGUUUUAAGUUCACGGUAAAGCAGCCACAGCAAAAACCGCAGACAUUAAACCACCACGAAAGUUUCUGUAUUUACAAUACACUAUAAAAUUGGCAUGGUUGCAGUGCCAGCAAGUGAUACUAAAAGUCUCUUCUAAGUUUGGUUUUUAUAGGGCAGAGAAACUUACAAUUUUUAUAUAGCAGCACAGCAAGCUGAAAGCUUCUAAAGCGGGAAGUAUUUCUUUGUUCAGAAACGUCUUUUGGUCUCUAUACAUGACCAUGUGGCGACUGUCAGAAGCAGACCAAAGCUGCCAAGGCUGACUCCAGGCUGGUGAGCAAGUAGGUAAUGCAGACUAUAUGUACAACAUUGGAAUGGUUGAAGUACCAGUCUAUAAUGCUAGGGUGCUCUUUCACCUUGGAAUCCAUAGAACUGAGAAAGUUACAAUCAUAUCUUAAUGCAUGUUCAAAUUUCUUAUGUAGACCAGCAGCAGAUAGCUACUCACAUGUACUUAAUGCAGCAUUUGUUAUAAACAAUGUAUCAUAUUUUUGUGUUA